AUGUGGGAGUUCAGGUCCAUGUCCUUCUGGCGGGCAGUGUUUGCCGAGUUCUAUGGUACCAUGUUCUUUGUAUUCUUUGGGCUUGGGGCAGCCCUCCGCUGGACCACUGGGCCCCACAAUGUCCUCCAUGUUGCCUUUUGCUUUGGGCUGGCGGCUGCCACCCUCAUCCAGUCCAUCGGCCACAUCAGUGGAGGACACAUCAACCCAGCUGUCACCUUCGCCUACCUGAUUGGCUCCCAGAUGUCUCUGUUCCGUGCUUUCUUCUACAUCGUGGCCCAGUGUCUUGGAGCAUUGGCUGGUGCUGCUGUGCUCUACGGGGUCACGCCCACCAACAUGAGAGGAAACCUAGCACUCAACACGCUGCAGCCAGGCAUCAGCCUAGGCAUGGCCACCACCAUGGAGGUCUUCCUCACACUGCAGCUUGUCGUCUGCAUCUUUGCUGUGACUGAUGAGAGGCGCAAUGGACGCCUGGGCUCUGCCGCCCUAGCCAUCGGUUUCUCUGUGCUCAUGGGGCAUCUUCUCGGGAUGUACUACACUGGAGCAGGAAUGAACCCUGCAAGGUCCUUCGCCCCUGCCGUCCUGGUCAGGAAUUUUGUCAACCACUGGGUGUACUGGGUGGGACCCAUGAUUGGUGGUGCCAUGGGUGCUCUGCUGUACGACUUCAUGCUGUUCCCCCGUGUGCGUGGCCUCUCUGAGAGGCUCGCCACACUGAAGGGCAUCAGGCCCCCAGAGGCUGAGGGCCAGCAGGAGACCAGGGGAGAGCCGAUCGAGCUCAAGACACAGGCCCUAUAA